CUCUCAUCCAUCAGCUGGCCUGUCCUCUCUCACAUACCGCUUAUCUCUCCACGAGGACGGAAUCCAUCUCCCGCUAUCGGCCGACAUCCCCCUCUUAAUCUCAACAACGCACAGAGAUCCCCAUCUUGAAAAUGGUUGCUGACGCCCUGGUCUAUCACCCUGCUGUGGCGCAUUAUUUGCGCUUUGUCGCGACAACUGUUGGUCGCGAUAAGAUCCUCCGCACCCUGCAAUACUUCUCUCGUUUCUAUGCCUGGUAUUUGUAUCGCACCAACCGCCCGCAGUCCGCUAUCGAUCCCUACAAUGCAAUCAAGAAGCAGUUCGGAACCACGCGUAAGAUUCUCAGAAUCGGAAAGUUUGUUGAACACUUGAAGGCUGCCGCGCUCGCCUCCGACAACAAGAACCCCAUCGACCCAGUACUCCGUUACCUUGCGGUUGGUCGGCAGCUUGGUUAUGCUGGGUACUUGUCUCUUGAUACCAUCACGGUUGUGGAUGCGAUUGGUGUCCGCAAACUUGCUUCCGUGAAACGCCUGCAGGACUCGGCCUAUCGCUCGUGGAUGGCAGGACUGGCGUGCAGCGCUGUUGCUAGUUUGUAUACCCUCUUCCGGCUGAGGGAGAAGGCGAAGACCCUUGAUCUUAAGGAAGGCGAGGGUGUCGUGGAGGCGAAGAAGCUUGAAAAGGAACGCUCCACGGCUCGUAUUCAGCUGAUCUCCGACCUGUGCGACUUGACUGUUCCUGUGUCUGCUCUUGGCCUUGCUGCACUUGAUGAUGGCCUCGUCGGUAUUGCAGGAACUGUCAGCAGUUUGAUUGGUGUCUGGUCGCAAUGGCGAAAGACUGCUUAGACAACGGAUGCUAAGUUUUUUCCAUGCAAACGCUUCAAGUAAGCGUGGAUUUGAGCCAUGGGAGAUUGAUGAUUCAUCGUCGAACAUAGGAAAGCCUGGGUUUUAUGCACUGGAUGGAUUUCCAGUUGAGAUUCUGCCCUGCAAUGCAGGUUUCUGUUAUUACGAUGUGUAGCCUAAGAUUUAUUCCCCUUUCUUGCGGUCAAAUGAAGCUUUGAACCAUGAAGCCACAAGAAUCCUCCGAUUUUGCAAUUUUAACAAAAUCGUGUACAUGUUGUU